AUGGUGGCGGAAUCAGUCACUGGAUCGGAGACAACUGGUGAAGCACGUACUACUAGAGUACAAUACCAGCAGUUGGUUACGCUGCUAGAAGAGGUACCCGAAAUAGCACGAGGGCUAUUUAAGGGAGACCAAAAAAGCUUCUGGACUAAAGUUUGGUUUGAUUAUAAAUGUGCGGUGAAAAGGAAGCUGCGGGACAAUAAAAAAUCCCUUAAUGCUACUGGAGGUGGGCCAUUCGCCCAAAAGCCAUUAAAUGACUUAGAGGAAAGAGUGGCAAAUUUCUUAUUCAUAUAG